CAUCGCGGCACACCGCUCACAUGUCAACAAUUGUAUAGCGUGAUUUCGUCUCUUUCAGAUUACAUCAGUGGUACUUAGAAAAACAACUGACUGUUAGUAAUUAAACCGACAUUUUAAGUGUUUAUUAUACACCUUGACCUCUUCUUAUUAUCAAGGAAACUGAAGUUAACUGUUAAAGAUAUGGAAACAGUGUUUAUCUGCUAAAUCUCAAACACAAGGUUCAGUGUUAAUGGAGUUGAAAUUAUUACAGUUUACAAUCGUUUUAAAGACAUUUUCACCCGCCUUUAAGACAACCCAGUGUCUGGAAUUAUUGUCUACACAAGCAUCAUGUUAGUUGCCAAAGUAAUUAUAUUAACUACCAAGAUUGACAACAUGAACUGUUAUAAAGACUUUGAAACUCUACAACUGUAAAUUAUAAAAUGUUUAAGUGUUCAGUUGACAAGUGUUCAGUUAUGACAGAUCUGAUCUGUGAAGUUGAAUUUGUGAGAGGUUAGUGCUUCGAAUCCUGACAUCAGCUAUCUUGGGGGAUGCUUCCAUGAAUUCACACUCAGUAUAUCCAUGGAUGAUACCUUAAAUUGGGACCCAGAGGAACACUGCCCGUCACAAGUGGCGAUGUCGGAACCGAGCUACACAAUUGUCCCAGUCACCACUGAGGACAACGAAAUGGUUCUGGACCAUCUGCGCAGGUUCUUCUUCCGCCAAGAGCCGCUCAACGUGUACAUAAAGCUGUUAGGCGAGAGCGGGAACGAGACAUGCGCAGAACUCGAGAACUACUGCGUGGAGACAAUUCUGGAAGGUCUGUCCCUGAUGGCGCUGUCCGCUACUGGAAAAGUUGUUGGAGUGUCCCUGAACGGGUCCCACGAGCCGGGGCACCUGGACGAGAUGCAGGAAAACGCGGACAAUUGCCCGAACCCACGGUUCCGCAAGAUCCUGCAGCUGCUGGUUGCCGUAGAGCGCGGUUCUGAGGUCUUCAGCAAGUUUCCCGAUGUCGACAGACUCGUCGAGGUGCGCAUCCUGUCCGUGGACACUGCAGUGCGCGGCCGAGGCAUCGCAAAGGCACUCCUCGAAAAGUCAAGAGAACUGGCGAAGGAAAAAGGCUAUCCUCUCUUCCGUGUUGACUGCACGAGCCACUUCUCAGCUCUAGCCGUUGCCAGGUUAGGGCUCGAAUGCGUGUUCACGAUGCGAUAUGAAGACUACUGCCAGAACGGGGAGCCCGUCUUCCGGCCCGAACCGCCCCACAACGAAGUUAAAACUUACGUACAGAGGCUGCGGUCCUGACCAUCGCGGCGUGACAUUCCUUGAACCUGCAGACGCCCUCAAGGUUCCUUCCGCCCCUGGAACUAUAUUUCACUGAAGGAGCCCGCCAAGGGGCAGAUUUUUCUUUGUUCCAAAUGCAUUGUGCUCAGAGCACACAGCUAGAACAUUUGUAACUGUUCGUUUGUUGCAAUGUUGGGUUAUAAACUGUAUGAACAGCAGUUGAGACUUUCUCCUGGGACUUCCUCAAUUUCAAGCGCAUAUAGACGUUACUGCACAUGCGCCUUGAACCCCACACACACUCACAUUAAAAUAACGCCCGUUAAGAAUACAACGGUAAGUUUCUUUA